CGGAGUUACCGCCUUCCAUCAGGAAAUCAUUGAGUGUAGCUGUAUGCACCGCUAGGUCAGUUGACUAUGUAAAAAAAAAAGUAGUUAGGCGUACUCAAACUAGUUAACGGUAGCUACUAACGUGUGCUAACCACGUUAGAAAAUUUAGUAGUGCUUACUGUACUUCAAGUUUGACUUUGCCACAAUGUUGAUGUAACGUUAGGUACCUAAUUUCAAGUCACGCAACUCAGCUGUUGUCGCAGUUUGGUGCCACAGAGGUUGCUAUGUUUGCUAACUUGAAGUUUUAAGUUCACUACAAGGCUUGCAAAACCGCUGACAGCCUCACUUCAACCAUAUGGAGCCUUCGUUGGGGUCUCUGCAGAAUCCUGACCUGAGCUCUGUCCUGUCAUCAUGUGAGCCAGAGCUUCAGGAGCUGAUGAGACAGAUUGACAUCAUGAUCAACCAUCAGAAGAGGGAAUGGGAGGCUGAGAUUCAGGCCAUGGAGCUCAGGCUGAAAAGUGGGGAAGAGGAGCUGUUUACUUCCAGGAAUCUCAUUGAACGGAGGGACCUGGAGAUCCGAUUGCUCCACAAGCAGCUAGAAGAAGUCCAGCCUGGUCGACCAGAGUUGGUUAACAAGUACGAGGAGCAGCUGCAGAAGGUCCGGGAGGAGUUAGAGAAAUUAAAGAGAAGUUAUCUCAAGCUUCAGCGCAAACAGCUCAAAGAGACCAGUGAAGGAGCAAAUAGGAAAGAGGCAGACCGCUCAGAGGUGACCCGACUCAAUGAAAAGAUUGAGGACUAUCACCAGUGCUCUGUAGAAUGGGAGCAGCAGCGCAUCCAGCACCAAAAACAACUGACAACGCUGGAGGCCCAAAAUAAGAGCCUGACGGAUGAGCUCACACACAUGAAAGCCCAGUGGGCGUUGUGGCAAAAGGAGAGGGAGCACAGGGGCUGCUGUUCAGAGGUGCAGCAUGUGCGUACGCAGCUGGAGAAGGCUCAGGGCAGCAUGCACUCACAGGAGCUCGAACUGGAACGCCUCCGACCGCUCGAGACGUGGCUGGGACAGUACCACAGAGAGCAGCAGGUCCUUUCAGAGGAAAGGGAGGAACUCCACUCCACGCUGGACUCCCAAGAUGCAUCUGUGCGGAGAGCCAGUCUGGAAUGCCAAAGGCUUCGUAACGAAGCUGCCAGACUCAGCCAAGCACUGCAAGCUAAAGAUCAAGUCAUUCGCUCUCUGGAGGACUGCCUGGCAGCUCAGGGCUGUGCUGGUGUGGAAAACCUCAGUCGAGAUCUGCAGAGGACUGCAACCAGGCUCCGCUGCGCUGAAGCACGUGAGGCUCACCUCAAGGCCGAGCUGGCGUGUCACAAAGACGGACCGGAGGAGAGCCGACAGACAGCCGAGGCACAACGCGACUCCGCUGUUGCCGACAUGAAAAAGAUCAGAGAAGAGCUCCAGAGGGCCCAGCAGACCCACGACGGUGAGGUGGAGGGAAUGAGGAAGGAGGUGUCGAAGCUGACUGCUGAGCUGCACCAACGCGACGCUGCCAUCACCGCACUGAAGGGCUCCUCAUCCAGCAUCAGGCAGCAGCUCCGUGGCGAGGCGGAGCGAGCGGAGCAGAAGGCGGCCGAGCUCAAAAUGACUCAGGCACAGCUGGAGACCGUCCACACAGAGAACCACCAUCUGAAGGGUCUGCUGCAGAGGCUGGAGUCUCAGUCACCAAAGAGGGGAGAUUCCUCGCUUGCAUCCCUGAAGGAGAGCUAUGUGUCGUCUCUGAGCAGCCUGGAACAAGAGAACCGGCAGCUAAGGCAGGCGAUUGCAGAGAUGCACGCCCGACUCGAGGUCUCCAACCAGACCUGUCAAGACAGAUAUGAACGAGCCCUGCUCAGCCACGCCACGACUGGUCAACCACAGCCUGCUCAGGACAGCAAUGAAGAUACACAACAUGGCAAACACAGGGAGGAGACGCAGAGAGAGUCCAGAGACAACAUCAUGUCCUCUCCCUCUCCAGUGGAGUCUCCGUCAGUGUCACCGGCGGACGGCAUGGUCUCUCAUUUCCUGGAUAAAGAGAGCUUUCUGGCCAAGGAUCUGGUCCAGAGACUGGACACCCACAUCCAGGGUAUGAUGGACAGCAGCAUCAGGAUAGUGUCCAAGUACCUGCCAAGUGGCUCAGGGCCCGAGUCUGCCCAGGCUUCAGAGAAGAAUGGUUAGUGAUGGAGCAAGAUGGAAUGAAUCUGAAAGAAAACGUGCCUUGAACAGCAGUGUGGAAGACUGCGCUCUUGUACGCGGCGGAGAAUGACAUUUGACCUCAAUUGACUUAAUUUAGAGACGUCUUUUCUUAUUUCUACAGUUAACCCUUCACUAAGCCCCGCCCCCUCUGUUACUCUGUCAAGCUGUCAGAGCUACCAUGGACUGUCACUAACUGCACUCCCUAAAGAAAUAUCUAAUUUUAGGAAAAAAGAAAGCUAAAGCUACAGAUCACAGUGUAAAAGUUAACCCCUACAUCACCUGCAGACAGGGAAUGACAUUAAGGAUCAACACUGGUCCUGUAAAGCUGGGUAGGUCUUUUUUCAGCGCAGCAUAGAGGUCCAACCGCUAGUUAAUGAUGUGCUAACUGCUAUUGUUAGCUCCACAAGGUUUGUUUUUUUUACUUAGAAAUGUAACAUUUUAAAAACGCACAUCUCCUUCCAACUUCUCUGGUUAACAAGUAUCACUUUGACACAACGUUUAACCGUGACUCGCUCCAAAUAAACAACACCAGCCUGAAAAUGAAUACAAUCUGAAACGAUUGCCUGAGAGUCUAUGUAGCAGAGACAGUUAGUUGUCAGAGCUGGCCGAUGCUAUGCUAUGAUUGACCAUACUGCGUUCGAGGGCGGGACUUGGCGAAGGGUCAAUUAAGUUCAGAAUGGCAACGCAGAGCUUUAAGUUCACCUAAGAGCUUCAUAGGAACUGUCAAAAGGAGCAAUUGUGAUUGAAACAUUCCAGGCUGUACGGGGCUUUGGGCUACGGCCUCACACAACCUGGCCCAUGCCAUCCCCACUGUGAAGGUGCUGUUGCAUGAGGUAACACACAUGACCUAGUAUUAGCUGAUUAGCUCAGACUUUUUUUCUUAUUCUGUUUAUCAUGCAUUUCUUUAAUCAGUGUUUCUCACUAGGGGAACGUUGAUGUCGUGUCAAGUGUAUCCAAAGGUUGACUGAUUAAAUCACCUCAUGUCUUAUUCAGCAUGUCCUGUGCUUCCAUAAGAUGCAACAAAAUCUGUGUUUGUAAUCCAAAAAAGAGAACAGAAAGAGGAACAAACUAGACCACCAUUGUACAGCACAGUGAAUCUGUUAAAACAGUGUAAUUGUAGGCUGGUAAUGUUUUGCUUUGCUUUUCGCUGCCAUUGUUUUUCAUCAAUUAAUCUGCCAAUAUUUUUUGUGGAUGAAUUCCUUAUUUGUUUGGUUUAUAAAGCAUCAGAAAAUAGUUGAUAUUCAGUAUACUAUGAGAAGCUGAAAAUCCUCCCUUACCUGUUAUUUGACGGUGUAAUGACUGAGACUGGAAAAGGGGGAAGAGAGAUCGGCAUAACGUACAACAAAGGUCCCAAUGCUUGAAUCAAACCCGGGACAUUGUGGUAACGUGGCCUGCGCUGUGGGGAGGCUGUGAUGUUGUUGCACACCUGUCUGCCACAGCUGGAUUUUAUUAUACAACCAUGGAGGAAAUAUGCCUCAGCUUUGCUUUCCACCGACUGAAACGAGCUUCAGGAAUUCUUGACCGCUCGUAUUUAUGUGACCUCACAUAACUGCUUGCUGAAUUCCACCUGGAUUACUUGUUGUGGAGGCUCCUUUCCCCUCUUCCCCGUAGGACGCUGCACAUUCCAGUUCAUCAACUUGCCUGGAGCGUUAAUACAACUUCCAUACAACAUCCAGAGAAAAGAAUGUUGCUGUGAGCCAAAGGAGCGCCCGUCCUCCCUGCACGCCUGUCUGUCAUAACCGUGAAAAUACCACAUAUGUGCAUGUCUGUCCAGACGUCCCGGACAGCAGGGAGGGAGACGAGGCAGCGUUAUGCUGUAGCUCUCCUCAUUUUCCCCAGUCACUUGUCUCUCAAACCCCCCCAACACCACCACUGCCCGCCCUGCAGAGGCCCCCUGGCUAGUCAAGCGCAGGAAUGCGUGCACCAUGCCAAUGCUGUCAUGAACCUUCCCCUGCGGCCCGCUUUGUCCUCAUCAUUAGAAAAGCUUAUGGAAUGUUAAUAUCAACCAUGUGGGGCGCUCCACCUCACAAACACUGAAAGGCCACAGAGGGAAUAGCUCUAUUUUACUGCUUCCCUAACGAAGGACAUGCUGAUAGAAUGGAAAUAAAGUGGUGGGGGGGGGGGGAACAAAUCUGAAGAAAUAUGUUUUUCAUUCUUUUGCCUGUCAAAGUUUUAUGAUGAUGAAUACAGACGUUCUGCUCAGCUG